AGACUCACUCUUGGCGCCAAAGACUGGAAGAGUAUCAUUACGCCCUUUGGCUGCAACAACAACAACUUGAUGACAGGUGUUAAAAAUGGAUAUACGCAGGUUCUUUACACCAAAGCCUGGCCAUGGAGGCAGCAGCGGCAUUAACGAUGAGCUGAAGAAUAAAAAGAAACCCACUUCCCAGGCUGUAAGCUCCAAAUUGGAGGGAAAACGAUCAGCCAAACGGAAGAAGAGAGUCAUCGCUGAUUCAGAUGAGGAAGAAGAGGAGAAGAAAGGAAAGAAAAGCCCGAAAGAGAAGCCUGUAGCAUCUGGGAAGAAAGAUCCUGUGGCUUACGUGUCUGAUUCAGACUCCGAUGAAGACUUUCUGUCUCUGAAAAAGUCUUCGAAACACAAAGAGAACGGCUGCAGCAAAGACAAGAAAGGCUCGGACUCAAAGGAGACAAAAUCGAAGCAGGCGGAAACACCACCUGUUAAAUCUCCAAGCACGAAGAAGAACGCCCUCAGUUCGACUCCACCGAAGUCGAGCGCACCCAAACACACCUCUGUGUUCGAUUACUUCGGCAACUCGACGGCCAAGAGAUCAGAUAAGAAGCUGGUGGCCAGUACGAGCACCAAGAGGAAAGAACCUACACGAGAGCCUGAGGAAACGCACAAUGAUGUGGCCAUCGCUAAACAGUUACAGAUGGACGAGGACAUGGAGUUGGAGAAGCAGAUCCAUGAAGAUGAGGAGUUUGCUCGAACCCUGGCCAUGUUUGAUGAGGCCCCUGUGCCUAAAAAGGCUCGUGCGGACUCGUGUUCACCCUCAAAGAUCAGCCCUCGAACAAGCAGUGCAGGAACUAAGCCGAAGGAGCCUUCACCGAAGAAGAGUCCUGUAAAAGCCAGUUCCAAACUGGCUCUGAUGAAGAAGAGAGCUGACGAAGAGGAGGAGCGGCAGAAGAGUGAGAAGAAGGAGAAGAAAAGCAAACUCGUUAUCUCUCCGAAGAAAGAGCCAGUAGCACAAGGUUCAUCGGAGACAGCGGCCACACCCAAAACAAGUACUUCUGCAGGAAGCGCAAAACAUAUUUCUACACCCAAGAGUGGAGGCGGGAGUAAUAAGACCUCUCCUACAAAACCAGAGACCAGUCCAGAGGACUCUGAGAAGAAGCGUGUGAAUUCUGCAGCGUAUCGAAACUACCUGAACCGAGAAGGACCUCGCGCUCUGGGCUCUAAAGAGAUUCCGCAGGGAGAGGAGAACUGCCUUGAGGGUUGUGUGUUUGUGUUAACGGGUGUUUUGGAGUCUAUGGAGAGGGAAGAUGCAAAGUCACUAAUAGAGCGCUACGGUGGGAAAGUCACAGGAAACGUCAGCCGGAAAACCACCUACCUGGUGCUGGGCCGAGACAGCGGCGCCUCCAAGACUGAAAAGGCACAGAGUUUUGGUACCAAGAUCAUAAAUGAGGACGAGUUACUGGAAUUGAUCCGAACCAAACCAGGCAAAAAGUCCAAAUACGAGAUCGCUGCAGAAGCUGAGAAUAAAGCCACUAAAUCAAGGACUCAGAGCUCUAAAAGCAAAAGCACCCCUCCAGGGUGCAAAGUCUCACCCCAAAACCCCUCUACAAGCAAGAGCAGUCCUUCGCCAGGGAAAUCUCCGCCAUCUUCUACCCCUGGAGCUUCUCGCCAAGGCCCUUCAUCCGAGGUCAGAAAGACUCUGGAAUUUGGUGCAGGAAAAAGCACGCCCUCUGUGGCACAGGAUGAGGGCAACAGCUUGUUGUGGGUGGAUAAGUACCGCCCCCGCAGUCUGAAGAAUCUGAUUGGUCAGCAGGGUGAGCAGAGCUGUGCCAAUAAGCUCCUGAAAUGGCUGAAGAACUGGCAUAAAAUUCACAGCGGCAGUUCAAAACCAGCAGCUGCUAGGUUUGGAAAGUUUGGAGGUAAGGAUAAUGGUUCUGGGUUUAAAGCUGCUUUGCUCUCUGGUUCUCCGGGUAUCGGGAAGACCACCACUGCUGCUCUUGUGUGUGAGGAGUUGGGCUACAGUUAUGUGGAGAUGAACGCCAGCUGCACCCGCAGCAAGAACAGUCUGAAAGAAGUAAUUGCGGAGUCUCUGAAUAACACGAGCAUUAAGAACUUCUACUCAGGUGCAUCUCAGACGGUCAGCAAUAAACACGUUCUCAUAAUGGAUGAAGUGGAUGGCAUGGCAGGAAAUGAGGACCGAGGAGGAAUGCAGGAGCUGAUUGGUCUGAUAAAAAAUUCAAAGAUCCCCAUUAUCUGCAUGUGUAACGACCGUAACCACCCGAAGAUCCGCUCACUUUCGAACUACUGCUUCGACCUGCGUUUCCAGCGGCCUCGUUUGGAACAGAUCAAGGGCGCCAUGAUGUCCAUUGCUUUUAAAGAAGGUUUAAAGAUUCCACCGCCGGCUCUCAACGAAAUCAUCCUUGCCUCAAAUCAGGACAUUCGACAGGUGCUGCAUAAUUUGAGCAUGUGGUCAGCUACAGACAAGGUCAUGACCUACGACCAGGCAAAAGCAGACGCCAUCAAGGCCAAGAAGGACAUGAAAAUGGGACCUUUCGACCUGUGCAGGAAAGUGUUCGUUUCAGGCGAAGAGACCGCCCACAUGACGCUGAUCGACAAGGCGGACCUUUUCUUUCAUGAUUACUCGCUGGCACCGCUGUUCGUCCAAGAGAACUACAUCCACGUCCGGCCAGCUGCCGCAGGGGGAAAUCUGAAGAAUCAUCUAGUGCUGCUGAGCAAAACGGCAGACAGCAUCUGCGAUGGAGAUUUAGUGGAUAGACAGAUCCGCUCUCGCCAGACCUGGUCUCUGCUACCCACACAGGCAAUCUAUGCCAGCGUGCUGCCUGGGGAAUUGAUGCGUGGUUAUAUGAGUCAGUUUCCCGCGUUUCCCAGCUGGCUCGGGAAGUUCUCAUCCACAAGCAAACACAGUCGUGUUGUCCAGGAGCUGUCCUCACACAUGAGUCUGAAGACACUGAGCAGUAAGGAAGCAGUAAAUCUAGACUACCUGCCCUACCUGCGUUCUGCCCUGCUGGAGCCUCUGCAGUGUCGUGGGACAGACGGAGCCAGUCAGAGUGUGAAGCUCAUGGAUGACUACGACAUCAUCAAAGAGGAUUUUGACAGCAUCAUGGAGAUCAGUACAUGGGGUGGACAGCCAGACCCGUACUCCAAGCUUGACUCCAAGGUGAAGGCUGCGUUCACACGGGCCUAUAACAAGGAGUCCCACUUGAUGCCGUACUCCCUGCAGAUAGUAAAGAAAGGUCGCAGAGGAGCAGUUGACACUGAUCUGGCUUUAGACCCUGAUAAUGACCUCCAGGGACAGGAUGAGGAGGAGGAGAAGGAGGAAACUCUUACUACGGAUGCCAUGAUCAAGCAAAAGAAGGCUAAACCUACGAAAGAGGUCAAGCAGGAGAAAGCAGGGGAAUCUGGAAAGGGCAAAGGAAAAAGCAAGAAGUGAAACGAGGCCUGCAUUGAGAAGCGACGUACAGAAAGGCAUAUUGUAAAGUAGCGCUCGUUCCUCCUCUCUGUUCGGAACUCUGAUAGCAAGCGGCAAAGAUCAGACCUUCCGAAGGCUAUCGAAAGGUCAGUAUUAACAAGCGGAGUGGUGGAAAGACGAGGCAUUUUCAGCAAUUAAAAACGAGAGGGCAGCCAUUCCAUCGUCUCGCACUCGAUGGAAAGGACAAUAGAAACAGGGAGCACGUUCACACACGGCGCUCAUUUACAUACACAAAGUAAACUUGAAACCAUCUCUGACAUCAAACGUCUCUCAUCUCAGCCCUGAGUCUCAUUACACCACCUAUUUCUUAUUCACUCGCAGAUCUUAUUAGGUUACAUAAGAACUUUGCAUAACUGCUCUUGAAGGCUUCCUGAAGAUGAUGCACAUUCGAAUGCAUUUGAACCCUGAGCUGUAAAUAUAUAUGCAUAGUUGAACUCUUUUAUAUAUAAUUUGACAUUUAGUCAAUUUGAAGAUUAUGCAAAAGAACUUUCUUUUUACUUUUUUUUUUUUUUUUUAAUGGAAAUCUUUCUUACAAACUGACAGUGCGAUGUACUGGCCUGUAGCUUCGACUGUAUAUGACUGGAUUUUCAACAAGCAAUUAAAUUGUGAGUAAUAUCAUGGUGAGUUGGAGUGGUCAGUGAUUUCCUGGAUUAACAUCAUCUUUUACAGUUUCUCUUUGGAUUUUGCAUAUACAAGAUACUACAUAAAUACAAUAAUUGCUCGUUUAAUCUGAUAGGUUUAUCAUACAUGUACCAUCAAUUUGUAAAGUUUAUGAACCCGUUAUAAUUUUUUUGUAUUUCGGCAUAAAUAUGACUCAAAACAUCAGGUUUUCACACAAGUCCUAAAAGUAGAUAAAGAGAACCCAGUUUAACAAAUGAGACAAAAAUAUUGUACUUGGUCAUUAGGGUGCAUCAGUUGCCCCCUAAAAAUGAAAAGUUCCUCUGAUCAUGAUGCAUUUUUGUUUUUAUGGUCCUUUUGGUAAGAAAACACACUGGGUGAAAUAUUUUGUCAAAAGUUUAAUGGUGGCACCAAGAGCUCAAAGUUAUGGAAAAAGCUGCUAUUUUAUGACUUUUAUGACAAAAUUUCGAUCACUUUUCAUGAAACAUUAUGGCACCUUAUAGAGUAUACCAAAUAUCUUAGAUCCACAUUUUUAGUACAUAUUCUAAAUGUAUUAUCAAGCACAGUUUGAGUUUUAGCUGUUCAUUGAAUCAUUGUUCAACUACUUUUAAACAAUACAAAUGUAUUAUGAAUCACAUUAAUGCUUCUCAAUCCCUUGCAAAGGUUCUUAACAUGAUCUCUGGCUCACAAGAAAUCAAUAAAUGGAGUCCAACAUUGUGAUUCAAACCUUACACGAAAACAUAAAAUAAGUAGCCUGGCAAGCCAGACUAAAUGUGAAUAUUUAGUCUGGCGUCGCUCGUAGACAUUUCUGAAGGGUGUGGGAGGAACAACCCGUUGUCUUUCAAACUGUCUCUGUGCGUAUAGGCCAACGCUCUGACCAAUCAGCGCAACAGUGACUGUGACGUAGUCAGAGCGACAGAAAGCAGUGGGGGAGACCUUGAAAUAAAUAAUUUUUCAAAAUGCGUAUUAAUUAAUAAACAGGUUCUAGAUAUUAAGAAGUUUGGAGAUAAUGACCACAAGUUUGGAGUCUGUACCACAUACUUAACAUACACUCUUUUUUUUUUUUUUUUUUUCCAAGUGUUUUUCAAGGGUUUGCUUAAACUGUUUGAGAGUUUUUAUUUUUAUUUAGUGGUGUUUGGUGAAAUAAUUUCCCUUAAAUUUUAAAUAACGGGAAAAUAAGAAACAAUCAAAAAGUAAUGUUUCAAAGCUGUUUAUUAAUUCUUCGUACUGCACAAACUAGCCCCAUCCUUUUGGCUACAAGCGGAGCCAGCUGGUAGAUCAGACUUUUGCCAUAGCCGGUCGGCAAAACAGCGAAAACGUCCUUCUUGAAAAGGAAUGAGCGGAGAGCCUCUUCCUGCUCAUGUUUCAACGAAAACUCCAAGUCUAAUUCUUCUAAAACUGAUUCCAAAGCGGAGUCAAACGCGCGCUGUUCACUAGCCGUAGCCAUCUUUCCUGUUGCGCUUUCUCCAGCGUCGCGCAGCCUUGUCGUCACUCCUGCAAAAGCCCGCCCAAAGAAUCCAAACAAAAACCUUGCGUUGUGAUUGGCGGGCACGAUUUGAUGCCCGGGGUGUUUUGUUGAUAUGGUGCGAGGCUAGACCCACUCGUAGGCAAAAAUAUUUUUGGCCGCUAGGCGGGUGGGUCUAGUUUACUAGGCUAUAAAAUAAGCGUUUUUUGGCAAAAAAUGAACCUCAUGGUGCCACCAUUAGACUUUUGAAUAUGGUCAAAAAAUUUUACAGGAUGUCUUUAUUGGUGAAAAGGAACACCCAAACAAAAAUGCAUCAGAUUUUAUGAAAGUGAGGGCAACUGAUGCACCCUAUUGGACAUGAGGAGUGAGUGGCAAAAGUAUGUGGUGGUCCUUCGUUGCUGAAGAAGACUUGUCUGUGUUCUCAUCACGGGGGGUGGGACCUCAUAUGGCUCCUGAGACCAAAUGCUGAGGCACACAGACGCCCACACUUUGUACAUCGGUGGUCCAUUUUCAGGACUAUUGUGGAUGCCGUCCUGUGGCGUCUGACCCUUGCAGCGUUGAAGCGCUGCCUCCUAUCCCCUUCGAAAGAUGUAAUCGCUCGGGAUAUGAGUGCCCUCCAAGCUGUUCUAUCAGCAGCCGAUAACUCCAGUUGGGAUGGUUGGAUGCCGCACCAUUUGAGGUUGUUUUUUUUAGUGCGCCUUUAUGUCUCAUCUUGGGCCUUCCUCUUUUCUGUGUGCCCAGCUUCAAUUCCCCAUACUGUACGUUAGUUGUCUGGGGAUAUGGUUGUCAGACAUUCUAAUAACAUGGCCAGUCCAGCAAAGUUGGGACUUCAGCAGAAUUGCUUCAACACUUGUGCAUUGGGCUAAGUCCAACACCUCCUGGUUGGUGACUCUGUCCUGCCAAGAAAUAUUCAUGAUUUUACGUAGUGACCUCAUAUGGAAUUGCUCAAGCUGCUUGAUAUGUCUGCGAUACAAGGUCCAGCUUUCGCAUCCAUAAAGAAGUGAAGAGAGUACUACGGCUUUGUAGAUCUUGAUCUUGGUGGUCAGUUUGAUGCCUUUUUGUUGCAAGACCUUUACCCUAAGUCUCCCAAGUGCCUGGCUUGCUUUUUGGAUCCUGGUUGUGAUGACUUUGUCCAGGGGUCUAUCUGCAGAGAUUGUGCUCCCCAAAUAUGGGAAGUGUUCCACACAUUUCAGUUGUGUUGUGUCUGUGAUGAUGUUUGGCAAGGGCUGUGUGGUGUUUGGGGCUGGUUGUACCAGGACCACUGUUUUUCCUAGGCUGAUGGUCAGACCAAAUACCUUUGACGCUUCUGCAAAGCGGUCCACAAUCACCUGUAGGUGGUUCUCCUUGUGUGCCAUAAAGGCACAGUCAUCAGCAAAUGAAACUUCCUGGAUGAGUUUGAACCUUUGCUUUCAGUAUCUGGUGUGACCCCCUUGUGCGGCAAUAACCGCAACUAAACGUUUCCUCUAACUGUUGAGCUCAUCAGCUUGGAGGAAUUUUAUCCCGUUCCUCCGUACAGAACCGCGUCAGCUCUGGGAUGUUGGUGGGUUUCCUCACAUGAGCUGCUCACUCAACAUUUCUAUUGGAUUAAGGUCAGGACUUUGACUUGACCAUUCCAAAACAUUUAUUCUCCUUUAACCAUCCUUUGGUAGAAUUUGUGUGCCUCUUGCUGCAUGACGCACUUUCCCUUGAGAUUCAGUUCACGGACAGAUGUCCUGAUAUUUUCCUUUAGAACUUGCUGGAAUAAUUCAGAAUUCAUUGUGCCGUUGAUGAUGGUAAGCCGUCCUGACCCAGAUGCAGCAAACAUGCCCAAGCCAUGAUACUACCACCACCAUGUUUCACAGAUAGAAUAAAAUUCUUUUGCUGGAAUGCAGUGUCUUCCUUUCUCCAAACAUAACACUUCUCAUUUAAACCAACCUGUUGUAUUUUGGUCUCAUCCGUCCACAGAGUUUUUCCAAUAGCCUUCUGGCUUGUGCAUGUGGUUUUUAGCAAACUGAAGAUGGGCAGUAAUGUUGUUUUUGGAGAGCAACCUUGCAACCUGCCAUGAACACCAUUAUUGUUCAGAGUUCUCCUGAUGGUGGACUCAUGAACAUUAACCAAUGUGUGAGAAAGAGGCCUUUAGGUGGGGUUUACAUUAGACCGUAUCAGCGGAUCAUCAGAUUAACAUUUUUAAAACGAUUAGUCCCACUCACUGCCGAUAGCGCACCACCAGCCAGAGAGAAUUGGAAACACAGACUGGUUUGUGGAUUUUUAUUCGAAGCUGGCCACUGCAAAAUAUAGAGAAAAAUAUUAUUUACAUGUACCUCGAUAAAUAUACAAAUAUCUUUAAAACGCACACUUAUUCAGUGUAAUUACUGAAAGAAAAUAUGAAGUGGGCGAUAACAGGGGAAUCGACAAACUUUCCAAAUGCCAGCUCAAAUGCCUUUUAUUAAAAAUGGGUUUCACAGCAACACCAAUACACGAUUCGCGUGCACACAGCAACACCAAUACACAGAUACGCUCGGCUCCGCAGGCAUCCUGCGCUCCAAAUCACUCCGCCCUGAACAGCGAGUGCCCUCUGGAGGGUGCGCACUCCGGCCCUGCGCAGCUCACAGAGCGCGCGAGUGAAGUGCACGAGCCACGAUUCGGGACUGAGCCGCUGUGUGUGUGAUCUCAGCGCAUAUCACUUACCACUUGCAAGUGGAAGGAUGGCAAGCCUAAAGACAAUCAUAACUACACAAUGGGCAGUAUUUGCAUCAGUAUUUGCAGUAUUUUCAUACUUUUAUACUCUUUUUAAUGAAAGGUGAUACAAGGCGGAAGUCCGCGCCGUUUUUCAGCAGUCGCGUCACAUGACCAACGCCAGCGAAUCAGGAAGGUGGAUGUCACAGUGAUGUUGUCCAAUGACGACGCCAGCUAGAGCUCAGCACAGCGUAUCCGCGUAUCUCAAUGUUUACACAGCACCGGAGCUGACACGAUCUGGAUUGAAUACGUGGACCCUGGCGGAUUCCCGUUUCCCGGCGUUUCCAGGCGGUUUAAUGUAAACGGACAGUGCAUCCGCGAAGAAAACGAGACAGAUACGGUCUAAUGUAAACUUGGCCUUAGUUGCUUAGAAGUUACCCUCAUGGACUAUUACACACCUUGCUCUUGGAGUGAUCUUUGAUCAUCGUCGACUCCUGUAGAGGGUUAACAGUAAUCUUGAAUUUCCUCCAUCUGUUGAUGUCUAUGAGCAUCAACAACUUUUUCUGAGGUCCUGAGUAAUCUCCUUUAUUCGUGCAAAAACAUGUUGUGAAGAUCAGACUUUGAUGGUCCCUGUUCUUUAAAUAAAGCGGGGCAUCCACUCACACCUGGUUCUCAUCCCACUGACUAAAAACACCUGACUCUGAUUUCACCUUCAAAUUAACUGCCAAUCCGAGAGGUUCAAAUACUUUUUUGCCACUCUCAGAUAUGUAAUAUUGGAUUAUUUUCCUCAAUACGUAAAUUACCAAGUGUUAAUGUGUCUCAUUUGUUUAAUUGGGUUCUCUUUAUCUACUUUUGGGACUUGUGUGAAAAUCUGUGGUGGGUUUCCCAAAAGCCUCUUAAAGCUAAGAGCGUCUUAACUAGGAGAGAGAGCGUAUUCAUUGUGCUGCUCGCUGUACCAUUUAAUGAUGAAUUUUGUGCUGUGAUGCUUUUGGGAAACUUAGGCCUGAUGUUUUCGGUCAUAUAAAAUUUUUUUUUUUUCGAAACGAUUCAUGAACUUUCAAGCACCACUAUAGUUAGUGACUAGAGACCAGUCAGUGACUUAAUCAGUAAUCAUGUAGUAAUCACUCUGAUUUCAGCAUUUUUUAAAAUUCUUUUCCCCACCACAUUUUAAAAAGCUGUGCCCAAAUAUCAAAAAGACUACUUAUAAACUACUUCGAUCUAAACAGCCUAUAAACUACCAGAAGUCCAGCGUCAAAGCACAUCAUCCCCCAUCUACAUGCGGUGUUGUGAUCGCUCAUUAACAGUGAAGUGCCUGAGCAUUAAAGUCAUCGCUGUGGAAAACAUGGCUGAAUUAUUUUUGUUUCACCCUAUUUUCAUCUCAUCUCAUUAUCUCUAGCCACUUUAUCCUGUUCUACAGGGUCGCAGGCAAGCUGGAGCCUAUCCCAGCUGACUACGGGCGAGAGGCGGGGUACACCCUGGACAAGUUGCCAGGUCAUCACAGGGCUGCCACAUAGACAACCAUUCACACUCACAUUCACACCCACGGUCAAUUUAGAGUCACCAGUUAACCUAACCUGCAUGUCUUUGGACUGUGGGGGAAACCGGAGCACCCGGAGGAAACCCACGCAGACACGGGGAGAACAUGCAAACUCUGCACAGAAAGGCCCUCGCCGGCCACAGGGCUCGAACCCGGACCUUCUUGCCGUGAGGCGACAGCGCUAACCACUACACCACCGUGCCGCCUUCACCCUAUUUUAAUGGAGUUAAAUUUAAAACCAUUUAGUUUUGAUUAUAGAAUUAUUUUUUUUCUAAGUGUUGUAAUAAAAUAAUAAACAUUUUUAUUGUAAAA